AUUUUAAGAUUCUUUUUAACUUGUCGUCCAUGCGCUUCAUUCUGCUGCAGAACAAGACCAUAUCAACUACCUCUCAAAACCCAAAUCUUCCUCAAUCUCAUCGUCUUGUGGUUCUUCAUUUUCUUUGAUUUUAUCUCUCGCAGACCGAUAUUUUGAUUCUGGUAAAAUGACUGAGAAGACGACAGCUGCGAAUAUUUUGAAUAAUCUUGUGGAGACACUUGCUGAGAGUUCUGGGAAGCAGAAAUCUGUGUCCUUUUUUGAGGAAAAUAAAUCAGACUCCGUCACCUCUCAGAUCAAUCGGUUGUUUGGCCGCCAGAAGCCUGUUCAUCGUAUUUUGGGUGGUGGAAAAUCUGCUGAUGUGUUGUUAUGGAGGAAUAAGAAGAUAUCAGCUAGUGUUUUAACUGGUGCAACCGCUGUCUGGGUGCUCUUUGAAUGGCUUAAUUAUCAUCUUUUAACCCUUAUAAGCUUUGCAUUGGUUCUUGGCAUGCUUGCUCAAUUUGUUUUGACAAAUGCAUCAGGCUUACUAAAUAGGUCACCUUCAACGGUUCCCCGUCUUGUUCUGCCUGAUGAUUUAUUUGUAAAUAUUGCUGUGUCAGUUGGUUAUGAGUUAAAUCGAGCAUUAGGGUUUCUUCAGGAUGUUGCAUGUGGAGGAAAUUUGAAGCAACUGCUUGUGGUUAUAGCAAGUUUGUGGGCUGCUGCUGUGAUAGGAGGCUGGUGCAAUUUUCUCACCGUUCUGUAUAUUGGUUUUGUUGCGGCACACACAUUGCCAGUUCUGUAUGAGAAGUAUGAAGAUGAGGUUGACAGUUUUGUUUACAAAGUUUUCGAGCAGCUGCAGCAUAACUACAAGAAGCUUGAUGCCGGUGUUCUCAGCAGGAUUCCAAAGGGGAAAUUCAAGGGAAAGAAAGCUGAAUAGAUAGAUUGUCUAGUAGUAAUUUCGAAGAACAUCAUUAUUGCUUGUAAAUUCGACCACUGUUUCAAUCAAACCUCAUGUUGAUUAUCAUUAAUCCGGUGAUAGACAGAGAAACACAAAAAUGCCAAGGCGAUUGUACCGGGGGUUGUUGAGGCAUCAAACAAAAAUUUGUCAUGUUAUUGGAGUGUGUAGGUGGGUUUUGGUGCCCACCAUUUGCAUAACUAUCCUGCUUGAAGAUACAGUUCUGGACCUUUAGAAAAGUGGCAAUGGCCGUAUUUGCCAUUGUGUAAACCAGUUUUAAGUUGGUUUUCAAACGGAAGUGGGAAGUAAAACUUUGUCAACAAUUUGAAUGGUCCUUUUUCAUUUUUAAUCUUACUGUCUUUGUCUUUUCCUUAUUUAUUUAUUUAUUUUAAUCUUA